ACUACAGCUGUGUUUAUCUAUAGAAGAUAGAACUUUCUGCUUUCGUGUAAAUAUAAUAGCUGUUUAAUUCAAGAAAAUUAAUGUUAUUAAUAUAAUAUAAAGAAAUAAAUGAUGUUAGAAUUACCUCGUAUAACGAGAGCUCUUAGAGCACAUACACAACUCGAUAAGCCGCGCUGUCUUAAACCUACAAAUGACUUCCAGAACCAUCAAUUGCUUAACCAAAAUACCCUACAAAGGUUUAAGUCUUUUAUGGACAUCUAUAACUAUGUGAAGCAAAAUGAAGAAAACUCGGAACUUAUAUUAAAGUGGCUUGAUGACCUCAAAGAAUCAUGUAAAGUUCUCACUGGAGACCAGCCAGAUGAGAUAGUGGAAGAUGCUGCAGUGCUUACACUCAGAAUGUUCCUGGAUCAGGACAUUGUUAUGUUAAAACACCUGUCCCAACUUCGACAAAUGUUUGGAACAGUACUGUCAAGUACUGCUAACAAAAUUUGUGAGAUUGUUACAAAGAUUUCAAUAGACACAACAGAAAACACUAAGGAAUACAUUAAAAAGGAAAUUAAUGAGGAUAAUAAAGAAAACAUAAAAAUCUGGGGUGAACAUAUUCAAUGUAACUACAUUCCAUUUAAACCAGUGAAGAAACCUCUUAGUAAAUUGACAAAAAAACCCGCAACAUCCAGUGUCUUUGUAACGGAUUUUUCUAUGAAAUAUACUAAUAAUACUAUCAAACCAAAUAAUGCAAGUGUUUCAAAACCACAGGUAGAAUAUAAGUUUGGGAAAACAUGGUUAGAAACAAGAGUCAAAGAGCUCUAUGAAAAUGGCGGUGGCAUGUCUAGUGCAGAUAUACUUCAAUCAGUGAUUACUUUACUUAACUCCUCAAGGAGUAAUGAUGAAAUGCAGAAUGAUCUGUUUGAACUGCUUGGCUUCGACAAGUUUGAGUUUAUUCAAGAGAUUCUCGAGCACAGGCAGGAGAUUAUUGACAGUUUAAAAGCUCCACCACCACAGCCAACUAUUUCAGAAAUUGCUGCUUUACUGCCAGAAAACAAAAUGCCGCAAUAUCUUUGUCAAGUUUCUGUACUUUCUGAACAAGAAAAGAUGUUAGCGAAGAUAGUAAGAAAAGAAGAGAAAAAAGCUAAAAAUACAAGAAAAGUAGAGGAAGAUGAAGAAGAACAUGAACUGAAUAUUGCUCAACUGAGAGCUAAAAGAUUAGCAGAGUUGUCAAAACCAGUUGUACCGUUCUCCACAUCAAAAUCAGCCAGUAAAAUAGAUCCAAUAUUGCAAAAAAUAUCGUACUUUCAAACUAAAGUGCAAUAUCCAAAUGUUUAUGAUUCCUCACUUGAUGCCAAAAAUUCAGCUGGUUUUGUAUCAGGCAUGAAACUGAUACUUCCAGAGAGCGCAGUUAGAAAGGACAACAAAGAAUAUGAGGAAGUAAUUAUACCGAAAAAUGAUCCACCGCCUUUACAAAUUGGAAACAAACGUGUUCCGAUUUCUGACUUGGAUGAGAUUGGCCAAAUGGCCUUUGAGAAUAUCAAGGAAUUAAAUCGCAUCCAAUCAGUCGUCUUUCAAACAGCAUACACAACAAAUGAAAAUUUACUCAUUUGCGCACCAACCGGCGCCGGUAAAACUAAUAUAGCUCUGCUUACUGUAGUGCAUCAGAUUAAACAGCAUAUAGAAAAUGAUGUCAUUAUGAAAAAUAAAUUCAAGAUAAUCUACAUAGCGCCUAUGAAAGCCCUUGCUUCAGAAAUGACUGCCAGUUUCGGCAAACGCCUGCGUGGGUUAGGCAUCUCCGUUCGAGAACUGACUGGUGAUAUGAAACUGACCAAAACUGAAGUUCAACAAACACAAAUGAUUGUCACUACGCCCGAAAAGUGGGAUGUUGUUACGCGGAAGGGAGCAACUGAUACCGAACUGGCUUCAAUAGUAAAACUGUUAAUAAUCGACGAGGUUCAUUUACUACAUGGUGACAGAGGACCAAUCGUCGAGGCGAUUGUAGCGAGAACGUUGCGACAAGUUGAAUCAACUCAGAAUAUGAUAAGGAUUGUUGGACUGUCUGCUACCUUGCCAAACUAUGUUGAUGUUGCCAGAUUCUUGCGCGUGAAUCCAAACAUAGGGCUGUUCUUCUUCGAUUCUCGAUUCCGUCCUGUACCCCUGGAGCAACAAUUUAUCGGAGUGAAGGAAGUUGGCAGUGGUGGAGGCGCACAUCUUAGACAGAUGCAAAUUAUGAAUGAAGUAUGUUACGACAAAGCAGUUGACAUGGUUCAGAAAGGUCACCAAGUGAUGGUUUUCGUACACGCACGCAACGCAACUCAUCAAACUGCAAUGGUCCUCAAAGAGAUUGCUCAAAAGAAAGGCCACUUAAAGUAUUUCGAGCCGGAGGACUCGGGAGGGUUUUUAAAAGCAAAAAAAUCAAUCAGUAGCAGCCCUAAUAAACAGUUAGCGGAGUUAUUUGCUAGUGGGUUCGCAUGCCAUCACGCUGGCAUGUUAAGGAGUGACAGAAAUAUGGUUGAAAAGUAUUUUGCCGAGGGCUAUAUAAAAGUAUUGGUUUGCACGUCCACGUUGGCGUGGGGUGUCAACCUACCAGCGCACGCCGUUAUUAUACGGGGCACGGAAAUCUACGACCAGAGCCACGGUACAUUCGUAGAUUUGAGUAUUUUGGACGUGCUGCAAAUAUUCGGUCGCGCCGGUCGGCCUCAGUUCGACACGUCUGGCACUGGCAUCAUCAUCACCACCCACGACAAGCUGACACACUACUUGAAAUCUAUGACCAACCAGUUCCCGAUUGAAAGCAACUUUAUUAAUCUGCUAGCUGACAAUUUGAAUGCGGAGGUCGCUCUCGGGACGGUCACUAACAUAGACGAAGCCGUAGAGUGGUUAAGUUACACAUAUCUAUUCGUACGAAUGAGGAUCAAUCCACAGGUGUACGGACUGACGUAUAGUGACGUGCAAGAAGAACCGAUGCUGGAGACGAAGCGACGCGAGCUGAUUACUGCGGCCGCCAUGCAACUUGACCGCACUCUAAUGUUGCGUUACAACGAACGCACCGGCGAUCUCAAUAUCACUGAUCUUGGACGCACAGCCAGUCACUACUACAUAACACGCGAGACGAUGGAGGUUUUCAACUCUAUGGUGCGCAAAUCUAUGACUCAAGGCUACGUGGUAGAAAUGUUAACGCGAUGUUCCGAUUUUCAGCAGUUAAAGGUUAGAAAAGAAGAAUUGACAGAACUUUGGAACCUCAAAGAUCAGUAUUGCGAGCUCCGCAUAGAAGACGCGCCUGAAGACAUUCAUUGGAAGAUCAAUAUUCUAUUGCAAACUUACCUUUCUCGGGGUCGCGUCAAUGGAUCGUCGCUUCAAUCGGAUUUGAACUAUAUAAGUCAGAACGCCGUGCGUAUUGUGCGAGCUCUCUUCGAAAUAACCCUUCGCAAAAACAAUGCGUACAUGGCCGGCCUGUAUCUGAAGAUGGCCAAAAUGCUCGAACUCCAGCAGUGGGACUUCUACAGCGACAUGCGACAGUUCAACUGUUUUCCCAACGAGAUUCUCAAGCAUAUUGAAUAUCCGAUGCUGAAACCCGAUCAGAUCAGAGACAUGGAUUGGAAAGAGCUAGGUGAUCUCAUACGAAAUCCAAAAACGGCGCGUCAUAUGAAAAAGUGCGCCGAUGAGUUCCCGCUAUUGGAAAUGGAAGCCAGCUUACACCCCAUCACUAGGACCGUGCUCCGAAUACGGCUCACUAUCACGCCCAAUUUCAAAUGGAAUGACAAGUACCAUGGCAAAGCUCCCGAAGCCUUUUGGAUUUGGGUCGAAGAUCCCGAUACAGAUAUUAUGUAUUAUCACGAGUACUUCCUCAUCACUAAAAAGCAAGUUAUAACCAAGGAACCACAGGAAUUAAUCAUAACUAUUCCUAUAUCUGAACCCCUUCCUCCUCAGUAUUACAUCAGGGCGACUUCCGAAAGAUGGUUAGGCUCCGAAAGUGUGUUGCCUUUAACGUUUCAACAUUUGAUUUUACCUGAAACCCAUCCUCCUCACACUGACUUGUUAGAACUCCAACCUCUACCGGUGACGGCGCUGAACAACCCCUCUUACGAAAUGCUAUACAACUUCACACAUUUCAACCCGAUUCAAACGCAAAUAUUUCACUGUUUGUACCACACCGACAGCAACGUACUAUUGGGAGCACCGACUGGUUCCGGCAAGACCAUUGUCGCUGAAGUUGCCAUGUUUAGAGUUUUUAACCAGUAUCCCAGCUGUAAGGUCGUUUAUAUUGCGCCACUAAAAGCUCUAGUCAAAGAAAGAAUUAAGGAUUGGAAGAUACGGCUGCAAGAGAAACUUGGCAAAAACGUAGUGGAGCUAACAGGUGAUGUAUCGCCUGAUAUCCGUGCGAUCAGGAACUCUCAAGUGAUCGUGACGACACCUGAAAAAUGGGACGGAAUCAGUCGUUCUUGGCAGACCAGGAAUUAUGUGCGUGACGUCGCUCUAAUCGUCAUUGACGAAAUACAUCUGUUGGGAGAGGAUAGAGGACCAGUCCUUGAAGUCAUAGUGUCAAGAACGAACUUUAUAGAAUCACACACAUCAAGAAGGCUUCGUAUAAUCGGCUUGUCGACGGCAUUGGCAAACGCUAAGGACCUCGCGAACUGGUUGAAUAUUGGCGAAAUCGGAUUAUACAACUUCAGACCUUCCGUUCGGCCCGUGCCUUUGGAGGUUCACAUAUCGGGCCACCCGGGUCGGCACUAUUGUCCGCGUAUGAUGAGUAUGAACAAGCCGACCUUCCAGGCCAUACGCACACACUCGCCUUGUUCGCCGGCGCUCGUUUUCGUCUCCAGUCGUCGACAGACCAGAUUAACGGCUCUCGAUCUCAUCGCAUAUUUGGCAGCGGAGGAUAAUCCAAAACAGUGGCUGCUCAUGCAAGAGUCCGAAAUGGAACAGAUAUUGUCUAAUAUCCGAGAGUCGAACCUUAAACUGACUUUAGCCUUCGGAAUAGGCAUCCAUCACGCCGGCUUGCAUGAGAAAGAUCGGACCACUGUGGAAGAACUGUUUGUUAACCAGAAAAUUCAGGUGUUGAUUUGCACAGCAACGUUAGCUUGGGGCGUGAACUUCCCCGCGCACUUGGUAGUCAUCAAAGGUACCGAGUACUUCGACGGCAAACAAAAACGAUACGUGGACAUGCCGAUCACCGAUGUGCUGCAGAUGAUGGGCAGAGCUGGCAGACCGCAGUAUGACAACGAAGGAGUGGCUGUUGUAUUGGUUCACGACCAAAAGAAGAAUUUCUACAAGAAGUUCUUAUAUGAGCCGUUCCCGGUGGAGUCCAGUUUGCUAGAAGUGUUGGCUGAUCACUUGAACGCUGAAAUUGUCGCCGGCACCGUUCAAACCAAGCAAGAUAUUCUGGACUAUCUGACCUGGACUUACUUCUUCCGGCGGCUCUUAAAGAACCCGUCAUACUACAAACUGGACAGUCUCGAACCGCAGGAUGUCAAUUAUUACCUGUCAAAUCUUGUUCAAACACGCCUCGAUGCGUUGUUAAACGCUAAUUGUGUGGAGAUCGAAGAGGAUCAACGCACGAUACACAGCACAUGGAUGGGUCGUAUCGCUUCAUACUACUAUCUUUCACACAAGACAAUGGCGCAUUUCAGUUUGCAUCUGAACGGGAAUAUGAACUUUGACGAUUUGUUACGCGUCCUCGCCGACUCCGAGGAAUAUGCCACGUUGCCUGUAAGGCACAACGAAGAUGUGCUCAAUGGAGAACUAUCGCAACAAUGCCGCCUACCAGUGGACUCGCUUACAUUAGACUCAUCCAAUGUAAAGGCAUUCUUAUUGUUGCAAGCCCAUCUCACACGAUUGCCUUUACCUAAUACAGACUAUCUGACUGACACCAAGUCUGUUCUAGAUCAAACUAUAAGGAUAAUUCAGGCCAUGAUUGACACAUCGGCAGAAAACGGCUGGCUGUCUGUUUGCCUGUCCUGCCAAAUUCUAAUGCAGUGUAUAAUUCAAGCCCGCUGGCCGUCGGACUCACCUCUCACAACUCUCCCACAAGUGGACUCCCAACAUCUCUAUAUGUUCUCACACAUGUCACGCGACACUAAUAGGCCUUGCACAACUUUGAACGGCCUAAAGGUUACUUGCAUGAGGAAUUACGAACUUCUGGCCAAAUAUUUGAGGAGGGAGUUUGAAGAGAAUCAGAUUGAACAAAUACAUAGAGCUAUUUGUGAUCUUCCCACGCUUGACAUAAAGUUCCAAAUCCGCGGGCUUUGGUUCGACGGCGACUGUGAACAAGACAAACGAAUACAACAGCCGCCUUCGAGAGACUCCUGGAUGCCAUUACACGCUGAACAGGAGUACACACUUUUAAUUGACAUGCAGCGUCGAGGUGGCAAUCCUAACAAUGUACUCUGCCCGCGAUUUCCGCGCGGGAAAAACGAGGGCUGGUUCAUUACCCUCGGCACUGUAGAAUAUGGGGAACUGCACGCAUUGAAACGCGUGCCCCCGAAGGGAACAGCUCAGGUCACAUUCUACACACCAGCGCAUAGAGGCCGCAUCAUCUAUACAGUGUAUAUAUUUAGUGACAGUUAUUUGGGACUCGAUCAACAGUAUGACUUACAGUUUGAGCUUAUGGAUCCACUGCCACCAGAAAAAGUAGAUGUUAUUUAUGAACCGGUUGAAAAGAUUAUAACAGAAUGAACAUAUUUACAAAUAAAUUCUUACCCUUGU